AUGCACUCUGGCUAUAUCUUUCGAAAUGUUCGUAUCACACUCGGGACGGAUAAAACAAAAGGUUCUCAGUGCAUGGAAUACGUGCAGCGUGGACUGACGGCAGGCUAUCGCAGUAUCGAUACUGCCCAGGCAUAUAUGAAUGAAGAAGCUAUUGGUCAAGCGAUCCAAAGAUCCUCAGUCCCUCGUGAGCUAGUCCACGUCACGACUAAGAUCUCCGCAGGCUUCAAGCGAAAUCCGAGCAGCUUCGACGAAGUCGAGGACUCGGCAAGAGGCUCGUUGACGAGGCUUGGAUUGGACUACCUGGAUAUGAUACUGAUGCAUCAUCCUGGUGAUGAUGUCGUCGAUCCCGAAGCUGCAGAUCGACGUCAAACGACAUGGCAAGGGCUCGAGGCCAUGGUUGAGGAAGGACAAGUAAGGAGUAUCGGAGUCAGCAAUUUCGACAUUUCGCAUCUGCGCGAGAUGAAGCAGUACGCCAGAAUGCUGCCAGCCGUCAAUCAAAUAGAGCUACACCCAUGGUGCCGACAGCAAAAAUUAGUGGAUUAUUGCAAGAACGAGAAUAUCUCAUUGCAAGCAUAUCUAGCAAUUGCUAGGAAUAGUCGCGUAAGCGACGAAGGGCUUGUUGCAAUAGCGAAGAAGUAUAGCACAUCGACGGCCGUAAUACUUCUUUGCUACAGCUUACGGAAGGGUUAUGUGCCCAUUGUGAAAGCAGAGAAUACUCAACAUCUAGUUUCGAACCUAGCAGCAGAGAAGCUAUGUAUCGCAGACGAAGAUAUAGCAUUGAUGGAUACGUGGGAAAAGGGAAACAAGGGAUCUUUGCUGCCGUGGCUCAUGAGUUCAACGCAGAUGUGA